AUGGUCGUAAUACUGGUGAUGCUCUUAUUAGUUAAUGUCGCUUUGUGGCUUCAAGUUCAAGCAAUUGUUCCAACAAGAAUGGAAUAUGCAAAUCUUGAGCAAGAGAUUAGUAAGGUAUAUGGAUCAUCUGCCAAGGCGCCGCCAUUCACCUAUGUUCUUGUGACGAAUUUUAUCACUCUAACGAAAAUUGAAAACAUUGCUGUGGAUGAGCUGAUCCUCUAUGGCGAUAUACAACUGAAGUGGCACGAUGAAUCGAUAGCAUGGGAUCCAAGAAGUUUCAAGAAUAUCACCUAUACUCUCCUGCACCCAACGACAAUCUGGUAUCCACGACCGCAGUUCCUUAAUAUUCGCUACACGACUAACGAUCAGUUGAUCGAGGUCGAUUACAAAGGAAAAUGUCAAUGUCGAAUACAUUUCUCCAUUACAAUAAUGCGAACAUUCGCUCAACGAAUUCUCCUCCAAAUUCAAGUCGGUGAAGACGAAGCCUCUGUCAUAUUAAGCCCUACGCAACUAAAAGUGGUCGAACCGUCGGCAUUAGAAGGUAACGCCAUCAAGAUUGCAUUCGUUGACCAAUGGCACGACAAACGGUUAUCCAAUGUACUUAACAUUUUACUGAAUCUCUCUCAACAGUGCAGACGGGACGUUAAAAGAACAUUGAUGAAGUUUUCACGUUUCGUUGCUCAAAUGAGCACAUUUCUGGUAAAACCUCAAAAUGUGCAUCGUAUUACGAUUGCCCUACUAUCAACAUUACUAGCAUUGAAAGAACACUCGUUUGUUGAUUGCAUUCGUCCGUCAGGUUCUAGCAGUGACUCCGCUGGUCAAGGCCAGAAAAAACUAAUAUAUGUGAUGCACGAUAAUCAAUUUCAUAAGUGCCUCACUUUUGACGACAUCAACGAUGAUGACCUUGUUCAUAAUGGUUAA